GCUGUAUUUGCGCUCAGUUUCGCAGAGUACGUUCAAUCAUACAGGUGGUUUCUGCUCGUGGUCCGAUAAGUUGCUUAAGAGGAGGAAAAAAAGAAAUUUUUUUAGUAAUAUUUUCAAAAGAAAAAUUCAACUUUUUUAAUCCUAAAGUGACAAAUACUUUUUAGUUUAGUUAGAUUUAAUUCUUGGAAAAAUUAUUUUAAAGUUUUUGUUAGCUCUAUUCAGUUUAGAUAUUGAAACCUUUCUUUUAAUUUAAAUUAAGAAAGUUGUUCAAACUCAAAACGUCGUCAAGUAGCAAAGUGAUUUAACUUCUUGGGACUUGCUCAUUCCAGAGAACUACAUAUACUACAUAAGAAAAUAUCAAUAAAGUGCAAUUAUUUAUAUAUUAAAGUAAAUAUAUAAAUUAAAUGUGCCAAGUUGUAUAUCAGAAAUUGUGUUAUUAGUGCAUAAAAGAGUGAGGGCAAUGAAAUAAAAAUCGUAUGAUUGAAGAGAGAAGUGAAGCCUAUUUGAAGAAAUAUUUACUGAAGAAGCAAUAAUAAUGUGUUAGAUUGGAAGCAGCGAUUUUUACGGGAAAGUAAACUUGUGAAUUUCUUAUAUUCCGCAAUCGAAAACAAAAUAAACCUUAUAGAGUGUGUACACUAAGACACUCAGGUAUAUAUAUUUUGUGUGAAAGAAGUUGAAAAAAAGCGUAUACGCGACUUUGACCCAUUGUACUUCUUCUCUCGUCUUCUCUCUCACAUCUUUUUGGCGCAUAUUUGGCAAUCUGCUGAUUGUACGCCCAAAAUCUUUAAUAAAAAUCCGGUUUUUCUUCACCCUUGCUCUGUUGCUCAAUAAUCAUGCUGUGGGUGCACAAAAAAUGCGCGUGGCAUUGAAACAUGAAAAAUCUGCAGAAAAAAGAGAGUUCCAUCACGGAACGAAUAGUUUUUUACAUUCCUUAUGUAUUCAAAACUUGCCUCUGGUUCCAGAUCAAAGUGUGGUGAAGAGAGUCGAAAGAAUCUAGAGGACAACGUCUGACAAUAUUAGUAAAUUUUUUUAUAAAGAACUUUAAUUAGUAAAGGGAAAAACAGUGAAAAUGACGCAAAUGAAUCAUCCCUUCAAGGACCGGUCGCUAUUGGAUAAAGUGCCAAAAGAUAAAGUUAAGGAUGUGGAUGAACUAUAUGAAUGGAUGAAACAGCAACCUAGGUUUCCAGCAUACACGAAGGAUCAUUCAUAUUUGUUUCUCCAUGCAUGCCUUUGGGUGAUGGAUGACGCCAAACGUGCCCUGCAGAAGUACUGCCAAAUCCGAGCAUCAUCGGUAGAUAUAUUUGAGAAUCGUGAUAUGCAAGACAAAGCCAUACAGAGUGUCUUCGAUAUAACGCACAUGGCAUCGAUGCCAAUAAAGACGCGAGAAGGCUACAAAGUAAUAUACUACCGACUCGCCGAUACGGAUCCGGCAAAAGUGCACUUUGGGAAUGCUGUGAAGGCAUUUUGUAUGUUCAAUGAUGUGCAAAUAAGUGAGGAUGGCAUAGUGGAGGGCUAUGUGGUUGUGUUCGACAUGAAGGGACUCAAAUUGGGACACCUCACCAAAAUACAAUUAGGGCCGCUGCGAACAUUUAUGCAGUACAUCCAGGAAGCGCAUCCGGUGCGCCUGAAGAAGAUCUAUGUGAUUCACACGGCAAGCUUCAUAAAUCAAAUAAUGGCAUUAGUGAAGCCACUCAUCAAAUCUGAGCUCCUGAAUUUGUUGCAUUUCACACCGAAAGGACCCGUCGACGUACUCCCUCUGUCACUCCUGCCUGAGGACUACGGUGGUCCCCUCAAUACACUGGAGAAGUAUCAUAAGGAUCAGAGACGUCAUAUUGAAACAGAGUACAGAGAUUGGCUGCUGGAUACUUCGCAUCUGAAGGAGAAACCAAAAGAGAAAAAGAGCACAUCGACGAGUGACAAUAAUAAUAAAGUGAAUAACGUGAGACAACCACCUGUGAAAGCUUUCAGAGCACUCGAAAUUGACUGAAGCCUGGCCUUUUGUUGCGCUCCUGUAUUUCGUCGAAGCUAAAGAGAGAAUUUAUUUUCACGGGAGAUGAAUAAAAAGGCAUAGAGUAGCAAAACACACAGUCAGACACCCACAUGACACAAAUUUAAUUGAAUUCCGUGGAUGUUACAUAGUGAUAGUCAUCGAAUUUUUGUGACUGUGUAUAACGUUUUUCCAACUAAAAACAUCGCCCGUAUUUUAUGGUCCACAUCCCCUCCGCCCCUCUGGAAAAAUUCUCCUAUCCCUUCGUGUAAAUAAUUAAUGAAACAAAAAAAGGAGCUACAACCAUGAAGAUUAAUUGUUAAAUUUCAAAAGGCUACAACCAACGACACAGAGCGCAGCCAACAUUUAAAACCAUUUUUUUUUAACAAACUGCAAUGGUUUUACAUCGAGAGAGGAUUAAUUUGAGUCAACGAGAGGAGAUUGUCUACAUGCUAAAUUAAAUGGUUUCGGAUAAGUGAUAACACAAUGCUAUCAAUAAGUUGUUUGUUAUAUAUAAUUUAAUUUCAAAUAAAAUAUAGAUUGUCAUUUUAUACCGUA